AUGGAAGUCGACACAGACCUACAGUCUAACCUGAUCAGCUCUCACCACCGCAAGAUCGAACUGCAAUCACCGCUUGACCUCGCAUACCUCCAAUCCAACCUCGUCAAAACAGCGCGACAGAAACUCGACCUCCAUUUCCCUCCAUCAGCAUAUAGCGAUAGUCAAAACGCGUCCGCACAACCCGCUACCAUCAUCUCUCUCGAUGGUGUCAAAGCCCCGGAGCCAGUCACCGUGGAAGUCGCCGCGUCUGCCAUUACACAAGAUGAUGAAGUCGAGCAAGAUCCAUUACGCGAGCGGGUGCGUGAACUAGUAGACGCUUUCAUGGCCCGGAUGUGGGAGGCGGCGGCGAAGAAUAUUUCUGUAAAUGGAAUGGACGUGACGCUGCCACCACCCGCCAGUAGACCGUCUGGCGCGAAGACAACCGAAUCCAAGGAGCAGCAGCACGGAAUAGAGGGUGUAGAUUUUAUCUACGAGGCAUACGACAGUCAACUACAGUCGAAGGUUGCAGGUCUUUACGGAGAGCUUGAGGCGUUGACCGCGCAGGUCAGCCGGCUUCGAAGGACUGCGCCAAAAGAGGGCUCAGACGCGUUCCAGAGAUCGUUGGCCUCGGAUAUGGAGAAGGACGAUGCUGAGUUCGAAGCUCAGAUGGCUAUGGUCCGUGAGAGGGCAGGAGCAGUAGUGCAACAGAACUUAUUGAGCCUGAAACCACCAAGGGAUACCUGGCACGACAACGUGAAGGCGAUGUAUGAGCGUGGCACACAUGGAUUAGCUGCUCUUGCUGGACUGGGAACAGCCAAUCCUAGUGACAGUGCGGCCGGGACACUCGUGCACCCUGGCGCCAGUCUCACGGAAACCGUGGGCAAAGUCCAACGUGCGAGAACCGUAGCUAUAGAAUUCGAAUGA